CUAGCGUUAAGACAACAUUUUUGUUUAUCAGGCACGUCAUAAUUUAUUAUUUAUAUUGUUAUACAUUUUUUUUUUUCAAUGUUCUUUUAAUUUUACAUUCACCAUUUAAACGAUAUAGUUUUCAUAUUUAAAGAACAGGAAUAUUAAUAAGCAAAAAUAUGUAACUUUUUUAUUUGUUGUAUAAUUAGUUUAACUACACGAAUACAAUAUCCUUUUUUUAAUAAGCGUAAUCGCUAAAUUGUAAUACAUUGAAAUUAAUCCGGAAAGAUUGAAAAAUAAAAAUGGUUAUGUACACAUUUUUAAUUAUAUGAGAAAAUUUAAGUAACUGGUAAGUUAUGCAUUAUAUAUAAUACAGAGUGGUCCAACCCGCGGCUCUCAAAUCCUUUAUUAUUUUGGCCCCUCCCACAAUUAAAUUCAUUUUUUUUUUUUAUUUAUUAAAAAUUUAAGUCCCAAUAAUAUUAUAACAAAAUCGUAAUAUGAUCGUAUGAAUUGUACGUUUUACUUUUGGUACACGACGUAUUCCGCGGCGUUUUCCGUCGAAUUCCAAAUGCAUUGGUUUAUGAUGUCUGAGUAGUUAUACACGACGGACGCGGCGGAAUACGUAAAGCCGGUCCCACGCGACUCGUGCGCUUUGCGAGCGUAUGCUCGGUGAGUGUACUUGCCAAGUUUGUACAAUGCACGAUGUUUGUAAUUAUGUUACUCCUACACGAAUUGUGUGCUCGCCGAUUAUUUGUCAAUCGUAUGUACUUUGCUAAAAAUUAAAUAAUAAAAAUUAAAGAUUAUUGAAAUAUUGACUCCGAUUGAUUGCCGAGUGCACGAUUCGUGCGGGAAUGACGCGCGACUACUAAUACCACUGCUAAAAUAAUGACAUUAACAAUAAAUUGAUAGUUUAUUUUGGGGAAAAAUCCAAAAUUAAAUUUUUUAUCAGCACGAGUCACUCGUGUUGUAUCCGACACCGACGGGAAACCGCGAGUGACUCGGCGAGUAAAAAAGAUCGUCGUGCUUUACAAUUAAAUACCUCACACACGAUUCGCAAAGUAGUACGAUUGACGAAUAUUCGCCGAUAUUUACACGAGUCGUGUGGGACCGGCUUAAAACGUAAAAUGUAUACGAUCAUAUUAUGAUUUUGUUAUAAUAUUAUUGUGAAUUUAAUUUGUAAUUAAUAAACAUUUUUAUAGUUUGUACUAUAAAACGUAGGAAUACGGUGGGAUUUCCCGGGAGUCAGUUAUUUCGCGAUAAGACUCGAUGGACGGCAUGAAUACUAUUAUCAAUCGCGAGCAUUUUCUAUUUCUCUAAACUAAAUCAAAUCAGUAAUCACUGACCAGUCGAGGUGCCCGUGUUUAUAAUAUAAAUAAAAAAUAAAUAAUAAUAUCACUUUAUUCUUUUCUUUUUUUUCUGGUGACCCCCAGUGUUUUUAUGAAAGUGUAAAUUGUCCCGUUCAUCCUAUUAUAAUAGGUAAUAAUAAUAUAGUAAUGCUUGAUUCAAAUUAUUAGAAUUUCAGAUUAGGAAUGCAGCGAAGGAUCUAUUGGUUUUGCAGUUUUACUAUAUAUUUUUAAUUUUUCUAAAACGAGCGAGGAAUGAUUGGUUUUACAAUGGCGUUUAUUAUUAUAAUUUUUUUUUAAUGGAUAACUUUUCUACCAGCAGUUUUGCUUCGAUUUUCAAGUAUAGCACCCAUUUUUGAAAAGAAACCUGACUACGGUGGUAAUUUAAGAAGGUAAUUUUUUGAUUUUCUCAGCUAAAGUCAUAACAAAUGGGAAAAAUCUGGAAAAAAUCAAGAAAAUGUAUAAAAUGUAUUAUGGUCUCAAGUUUUGGUUUUUGUUUUGAUUCAGUUAAAAAUAUUUGUAGAAAAUUAAAGUUUGGACCGAAAAUUUAUAUUUACAUUUUUUAGACAUGAUAAUAUUUUCAAAACAUUGUAACCAUUUUUGAGCUAUUUAUGUAUAUUUAAAUUUUAGGGGAAUUUUAAGUAAUUUUUGUUCGGUAGGUACUCUAUGGAUAAAAUUGUUAGACCAAAUAGUAAUGCUAGACAAUUUAACAGGAGGUUUAUUAUAAGUCGUAAUUUGUGGUAAAAAAAAAAUUAAGUUUAAUAUAAUAUUAUUAUUUUUUUUUAUAAGAAUUUAUGUAUGAAAUUUGAAGAAAUUCGUAAAUAUUACUGCUUGAUUUGAAAAUUUUACAAAGCAACACUAUUAAUCGAACUCCGCUCAGAAUUGUUUUUCGUUUGCAAUAGUUAAUCAUUGCGUAUUAUUAUACAUUCAAUUUACCCUAUAACUUCCCAACGUUCUAAACAAGAAUUUGACAAAUUUUUCCCAUCACUGAUGUGAGCGGGGAAAACAGAUGAGGGGAGGUAUCAUGUGCAUGAUGAUAGAGCUUUGAUAGGAGAAAAUCUAUACCAAUUUCAGAAUAAGAACACACCGGGAGGUGGACUAAAAUCGGUUGGUGUGCAUGCAUAUCUCUCCCUUCACUGACCAUUGCCGGCGGCAUGACUACGGUCACGGGACCCGAGAGUUUCUCUGACGAUCAUUUGAAAGCAUGGACGUGGUGCGCUGUUAUUCUGAAAAUCGUAUAGAAUAAGUCAACAGUAGGCUUGAGGAAUAAAGAGUAGAUUUCGAAGGAAAGGGACAAAGGAUAAGUAGAAGUAAAACAGAAUUUAUUUUUUGAGGAACAGGUCAAGACAGCUAACAACAGUAAGUAGUUACAAGCUAGGUUGAGAGUACCUAGGAUUUUUUGUAUAAAAGAACGGUGGCUUUUAUGAGAAUGUGAAACACAGGAUUACGUGUGGUCGGACAAAAUGGAAAGGAGUAAUUAGUUUAAUUUGAGUAAAGUGGAGUAAUUUUUUAAGGUUGACUUUAAAAUACUUUUUAAAUAAUCUGUUAAACAUUUUUAUAUAGACAUAAAUAAUUGGUAAAUAAAUUGAGGAAGAGAGGGUGUGUAUGUUCUAAGAAGUAAAGGCUUGUUUUUUAUUAGUUUAGGGGUGCCUUUUGGGUGAAUCCGGAUUGAAUUUCUUAAUGCUAAUGUCCGUUUAUGAGAUUAUAUGAUUACUAACGAUUUACACACUAUUCUGUUACUUAUUAAUCCUAACAACAAUUCGUUGGAUUUAAUUUAAAAUAACUGCUUUUUAGCAGCCUACAAAUUAAAAUGUAUUUCAUUUCAUAUAAGUACCGAUGAUUUUUCAGUGAAGUUAUACAAAUUUUGAAAAUAGAUUUUAAUUUUUCGUCAAGUAAACCUGAAAGUUGAAAUCGAUUUUAGACUAUUUAGUCAUUAUAAUUUUUUCUAUAAGAGCAAAAUUUAAAAAAAUAUUCAUACUUCAAUUUUAGGGAAAAAAAAAUCAAAAAUGUAACUAGGACUUAAUGAUAAAUACAAAUUAGUGUUAGAAAUUGAAUCGCUUUAUUUAAUCAAUCUGUAGAAUUUUUUACAUUAGAUUUGUUGACGUACGUCGCUUUUGAUGUACCUAAUCACUAUGAGAAUGUACAACUUUUGCGUUCGAUGCAACGUACAUGGGUUUAAUAUUGAAUACGUUUACUCAGUGGCGUGGCGAAAUCAAAUAUUUUCAAAGGCAAAUAUAUUUUUCGAUACUUGCCUACACACAGGGCCAUGAUCCUCUUAUCGACUACCAUUUUUGAACAUUGAGCACUGGGUUUUAAACACUCUGUUACAAAAAUUACCAUGUAAAAAGCAUUUAUGGAAGGAGAGGGGGAUUUAUUUUUAAACAGCAUCGUACAUUGACGUAUUCAACUGAUGGUAAAUCUAAAUCAUUCAGAGUGACGUAUACUUACACAGGUUUAGGUGCUAUCACUACCUAUACAUAUAGUGCAAGCCGAACCCCUCUUUCAGAAUAUACCACUUUGUAUGUAUGAAUAUAAUCUUCGAUCUAUUCUGAUCAUUUAAAAUUUUGACUUUUAAUAUUUUAUCAAAGUCGCUCCUGUUACGUGCCCUCGCGCUUGCAUAUGUAUAAACACGGGUGAGUUCAUAGAAGAAACACAGCAUCGCGUGCGGACCCAAUUCAUUUGAAAAAUUAAAUGUUUGAAUAUAUAACAGUAGGUUUAUUGAGUUUUACUUGUGGUAAAAAAAAAAAAAAAAAUAAGCUUAUUGUAGUAUUUUUUUUUAUAAAUUAAUUUUAGUAUCAAAUUUUGACGAAAAUCAUUUGAGUAAAAAAUCACGUGGAACAAAUCUAAUUUUUCAAUCAUUUGUUUUAAAAAUAUGUGUAUUGCCGAUUUAACAUCGAUGGUAAAGACAAAAUUGAGCGGACUGUCUUAGUUUCGAAAUUAUAGUUUUUUGAAGUUCUGAUUGUACACUCUAUUAAGGUUCAUUAAAAACCACUAAAUUAUAUUAAGCUUUGGUAUACAUAUUGCAUAGUAAAUAGGUACUUGAUUUUAGUAAUAUUUACUCGUAGUAUUACAAAUACAUACUAAUUUAAAUUAUUUUUUUUUUAUUCACAAGGCGAAUUGUAAAAUUUAUUCAGAUUAUUUGUGAACAUUAUUUCGGAAUAUAAAAUGACAAUGAAAUUCAUUUUGAUAUUGGCACUAACAGCAUUAUUUUUUGCGCCUAUAAAGUCGUCAAAUAUACUAGUUUUUGUACCAUCACCUUGGAAGAGUCACCUUGUGUCUUUUCAGCCUUUAUUUUUAGAAUUAGCUCACCGAGGUCAUAAUGUAACUGUAGUGACAAAGUUUGCUGUAGACAAUCCACCAGCAAAUUAUCGACAAGUGAUUGUCAAUUAUGAAAUUAAUUUAUCACUAAGUAAGUUUAAUAAUUUAAUGCUAAAACUACUUUGAAAUACACAAUAUUUAACUUUCUAUACAUAAUUAUAAAACCAUACUAUGUAAACAGUGUGUACUGUGUAUUUACUAUUCAUACAUUCGAGUACCACUUAUUUUUUCGUUCGAUUAAUCUUACACUUAAUUCCGAUAUUUUGAUAUUGGUGAAGUACCAAUAUGUAUACCUAUUGAAUAUUUUGUCAAAAACACGAGAACAAAUAUCACUUUAAAAUAGGAAAAAAUACAUACAGUAGUUAAAAAAAAGUUUUUGGAUAAUGCAAUAUGUUUAAGUUUAUUUUAAAAGAUUAAAUUAAAUUAUUAAUAAUUAAACCCAAAUUAAUGGAAAUUGUUCUUUUAAUUUACUUUAAUAGGUUUNGCGUCAGGUGUUUUAUGUGACAAGAGAGUUCCAAUGAGAUGCGAAGGUAAGUUCUAUAAGAGUGUGGUGAUAUUGGUUAUGUUGUAUGGUUUAGAACAGCGGUUCUCAACCGGGGGUCCCCGGAAAAAAAAGCGUAAUGGCGGAAAAAUUGAAAUUUGUUGUAAUUAAUUGAAAUUACUUGUGAAACUAGUUGUGAAAUAUUGUAAAUGAUGUAAAUAGGUUUUUCGUAACUUAUAUGAUUUAUUAUAAGUGUAUUUCACCAGAUGCCAGAUUUCAAAAAGUUAAGUGCUAGCAAACAAUCUCAAGGAUCACAUUAAAAUUACAUUUUUAACUCAAUAUUAUUUUUAUAUAUACAAUGUAUUGCGCAUGUUGAUCAAAAUAAAUCAAAUUUUUAUUAUUAAACUUAUUUCGUUAAUUCAUAUCUAUCUUAUGCGAAAAUAUAUGAAAAUUGGCAUUUGGAGAUCCGUAAAGUGAGUGGUCAAGGGGUGCAUGAAUGAAAAAAGGUUGAGAAUCGCUGGUUUAGAGUGUUGAGCGGUAGACAGAAAAAUAGAACAGAGAAUGAGUGUACUUGAGAUGAAAAUGUUUAGGUGGAUGAGUGGAAUGAUGAGAGAAAAUAGAAUAAGGAAUGAGUACAUAUGAGGUAGCUUAGAAGUGGCUUCGAUAGUGGACAAAUGAGAUAAAAUACACUGAGAUGGUGUAGUGAAGUUAUGAGAAGAGAGGAGUCAAAAGCAGGAAGAAUUAUAAUAACAAUAGAUGUAGCAGGAAAGAGGGUAAGAAAAAGGCCGAAAAGAGGGGUUUAAAUUGAGAAUCACAUAAAGAUGACAGGUGUAUAAUACAUGGACGUUGUGGAGGAUUGGAUUCAAUGGAAGUUUUAGGACGAAAGUUUCUGACUCUAAUAAUAGUUGGGAUGAAGGCAAAAGAGAAAAAGAAAAGGUAGCUUGAUAAUUUUUAAUUUGGAAAUAAAUUACUUGGAUUUUAAAAAUCAAAAACCAUACUAUAAAGUAAUUUAUACAUUAAGGGACGAGUUGAUAAUUAGACAUUGCAGAAUUUUUUUAUUAUUAUUUUUUUAUAACCACCCGAGAGCUUUUAUUAUAUAACGAUCAAAGAUCUUUGAUAAUAUAUUUCAAAGGUGUAGAUGCAUUAGGGCUGCGCAAUUAUUUUUCUUUUCUCACAAUAAUUGAUUGUUUUAAUAGUUUUCGAUUAUUGUGGGAAAAAAAAAUAAUCGUGCAACCCUAGAUCCGGUUGUGUUUUAAAUGAACGUGUCUAAUUUUUACUACUAAAUUUUACAUAUAAUGAUAUGGUGAAAAAAAUUUACAUUUUUUAAUCUUUAAUUUGUUUGUGUGAUAAACUGAAUCCAUUGUACUUAUUCAUUAAACACAUAUAAAAUACUAGUUUGAUUACUAUUUGUUAUUUAAAAAUAUCUCUAUAAAUUAAAAACGAAUUAAAAAUUAUGAUAGACAUUUCUAAAAGGACGCAUUUGUGUGCAGGUAUCUGGUAUUUAUUUGAUGUAAAUUGACAUUUAUCAUCUGAGUUUUCCAAUUGAUUGCAUAGGUAUUUAAUUUAAUCGUAAAUUUAUUAAAUUAUGAUAAUAAUAUAAUUAAUGAUAGAUAUUUAUUUUUAUUUAGAGAAUUUGUUAUUCAUGGAAAAUAAUAAGUAUUUAAUUGCAUUCGAGGAAUUAAAUAUUCGAAAUAUACUCGCGUUCAAUUUGACUCAGCAAUUUAUAUCAUCUCCAGAUGUACAAAAGUUUAUUAAAGAAGAUCAAUCAACAUUCGAUUUGGUUAUUGUGGAAUCAUUUUUUCAGCAAUGUACCGUUGCUAUGGGUCAUAAAUACAGAGCUCCAGUAAUUAAUAUCAUUCCCGUAUCACCUUGUGCUACACACUCCAUUUCAGCAGCGAACCCCUUUGAUUUUUCCUACAUUAAAGAUUAUAAAACCGAUAGCGGUAAAUCACUCAAUUUCCAAAAUCGAUUAUUAAACACUUUCUUUGGUUUAUACACUUUAUUUGUCGAACCAAUAAUUUAUAAUCCAAAAAUGGAAAAUAUGAUGAACACAUAUUUCAAAUAUCCUGGAUACGAAACAAGACCUACGAUGACGGAAAUGCUAAAAAACGUAUCACUUAGUUUAAUCGACUCUGAUGUUAUGAUUCUCAGUUCACGACCCUAUGUACCGAGUUUUAUCGAAGUUCCUGGUAUUCAUUUUAGACCACCUAAGAAAAUGAAUAAGGUAUGUUGUUGAUUUGAUUAAGGUUUUAUNUAUACGUUAUACAUAUUACAUAUACGUUGUGCUGUAUUAUUAUAAUGUAUUAGGAACUACAAGAAUAUAUGGAUACGGCAACUAAAGGUGUUGUAUUUUUAAACUUUGGAACUGUAAUCAAUAUGGAUAAUGUAUCAAAACAUACUUUGGAUAUCUUCAAAAAAGUUUUGGGUCGUUUGGAACAGAAGGUUAUUUUCAGAUGGACUAAUAAUGAUACACAGGGUUUUCCAGAUAAUUUCUAUGUUGAUUCUUGGUUACCGCAAGUGGACAUUUUAAGUAACAAUUAAUAAUAAUAUGUUUUGCCUAUUGAAUCAUAGAUUUCAAAUUUAAUAUAUUUUAGAGCAUCCGAACUGUAAAUUGUUUAUUACUCAUGGAGGAAUUCAUGGUUUAAUGGAAACAAUUGACGCCGGAGUUCCAUUUAUCGGAUUUCCAGUUUUCGGGGACCAACAUCAAAAUUUAAGAAUAAGUCAGGAAAAUGGGUUUGGCAUUGUAGGUAACAUUUUUAGUUUAACUGAAGAAGCUUUCGAAAGAGACGUAAAACUUGUUUUGUUUGAUCUCAAGUAAGUCAAAUAUAAAUUAAGACAUUUAUAUUUUACAAUAAUUAUAAACUUUAUAAUUUGAACUUGUUAUUGUUUACUGUUUUUUAAUUUUGUAUUUAUUCUUGGUGUAUCGAAUGGUCAUUAACUACAUUAACUUAUAUUUCACUUCCUAAAUGUUUAAAUUUGAAAUGUAGAAUUUAAUUUUGUAAUCGUUAUAUGAUUUGGUACUGAAACAUAUAUCUAGUCUUUAUACAUUAUGAGUAAGACAGGUGACCUUGUACUUCUAGAAAGUUACAAAAUAUACAUGUAUUUAUACUCAAAAUAAAUUAGGUAAUCAAUAGAUACAACUUGCAAAUAUUUCUUCCAAUUCUAAAAAAUGACAAACAAAUAUUUUAGUUUUUAAAAUAUUUAAGAAUUAUUUAGUCUAUGUCAACACAGAUUACUGGAUUGUGAAUACAUUAUCGGUGUAUCAAUUACAUAUCAUGUACAUAGUCAGGGGUACGGUACGUUACAUAUUAAAGAGCUAUCUAUCCUGAAAUAAAAUUAAUAAAUGGAAAAUUGGCGAUCCUCAAGCGCUUUUAAAGAAAAUCUGCAUCCGUAAACAGUCAACAACCAUAUUAUAUGAUCAAAAUUAAAAAUUCUUUAAUUGUAACAAUUUUGGUUGAAUUUUUAAAUUAAAUGAGAAUGUCGUUGCGGAAAAUAUUGAUACAAUUGUUAAUUUAAAAAAUAUGUCUCAACAAAUAUGAAAAUAUAGAAAAAACAUGUCAUAUUAACAAAAAAACUGAAAAUAUUCAUUUAUAUAUAAAAUAAAAUUACAAAUAUAGUUUUCGUUUUAGCAUAAAACAUAUUUGAUUCUUACUCUGCUAUAUUUUUUAAUAAUAUGAAAAAAUAUAUGUAAAUAUUAUAAGUCCUCUGUUCUAAUUAUAGUGAGUUAAUGUAUACAACAUUUAAAUUGCAUAAAGUAUUUAAAUUUUUUUAUAAUGUAAAAUAAAGUCAUGUAGGUAUAUUUUAUUAUAUUAAUGAUAUUUCAAAAGUGUCUAAAGUAGUUUAAAUAAUAGUAAUAUAUUAUUUACGAUAUCACGUAACAAAUAAUAAUAUUAACCCCAAUAAUUUAUCGCCAUACAAUAAUAAUUUUGAAUAUUAUUUUAGGUUUACCGAAAAUGCAAAGAGGAUGUCUUUAAUAUUCAAUGAUCGACCUAUGCCAUCUAUGGAGAAGGCGGUGUAUUGGAUAGAAUACGUUAUUAGGCAUAAAGGAGCUCAUCAUUUACGUUCACCAGCAGUAGAAUUAGUAUGGUACCAAUACUAUUCAUUAGAUAUAUUUGCAUUUAUUAUUUCAAUUAUACUAUUUUUAAUUUUUAUUUGCUAUCGUAUUACUAAGCACACUCUAAAAUUAGUAUAUAAUUUACUAUUCAAAAAAAUUAAAAUUAAAAGUUCGUAAUAUUAUUAAUACAUUUUUAUUUUAAAUUUAAAUCUGUGAAUAUUGUCUUAAAUACCUUAUCAAUGUAUGGUCAUUCAUAUUAAAUUGAAUACGAAUUAUGUGUUCGAGCGUUAAUUAUUAUUGCUAUUAAUAACAGCGGUUCUUAAAUAUUUGUUGUAUGAGAUCCAAGAUAUAUACCCAUUUUUUCACUCGUCUUUUUUAAAAAUAAAAUUGAAAUUUUACUGGGGUCAUAGCAUAACCCCCGCCGUUAACAAUACAUUUAAGACAAUAGAUUUAAAAAUAAACCCCUUUAAAUGUAUCUGUUACAGUAAUUAAAUGCAUAAUUUAAUUCAAUUAAUAAUUUAUUGUUUUAUACUUGUAGAUACCUUUACGUUUUUCGGUGAAAUAAAAAAUUAAAUUAUACUCCGUAUUGAUCAAUUACAAAAAAAUCUAAAAACGAUAACUUAUCAUUUUGAAAAUAUUUAUAUUGGUAUCAAAAAUUAAAAUUUGUAAAAUGUUGUUGAUAUUUGUGGGGGGUGAGUGAGGGGUUCUAUAUAGACCCCAUUGGCCUUCUCAGAUACGGCUCGUAAUUUUAACUUUCUCAUAGACGUUGCCGUUAUGGUUAUGUUUAUAUGACUGUUCAUUUAUCGACAUUCCACAACCUAAUCGCCACACGCCUAAUAUUUCCGAUAUUGAUUAUCUCGUUGGAGAAAAACAAUGUAAAAAAUGGCAUUGAUUUUGUUUUAACUUUAACUACUUGUUUAUAAGUUGAAUACAAUCGUAAACUAAUUUAUUUUUUAUACUCGUAAAAAUUUUUAUUUUUUAUUUUUUCGUACGGUUUGUUUUUUUCAUAAAUGACGUAUGUGCAGUAUGCACAUUGUGUACAUAUUUAAUAUAUAUAAUAUAUAUAAUAUAUAUAUAUAUAUAUAUAUAUGUAUAUGGUAUAUACGUGUACUAUAUACAGACUAUAAAUUGAUCAUUCGUAUAUAGGUGUCUAUAAGCCUAUUUGUUUUUAUUUUUACCUGUAUAUACUAUAUUAGUUUAGUGGGCUUCAAAGUUUUUUUGACAAAAUUGGUGGUCGGCACAACUAAAAAUGUUGGGAACCGCUAGUAUAGGCAAUUAAAUGAGAUUUAUUUUUAAAUAAAGUAGUCUCGUAGUGUAAGUAUUGUCCCGUAAGUAUUGAUUGUGUAGUCUGGAAAUAAACCGAAAUACUCUAUAUCUAACGAGUUUUACUAUAUUAUAUCUAACAAUAAUUUUAUUGAAACGACGACAUCGACAACAUGUUCAUAACGGCAUUGAAUAUGAUACAUUACCAAUGGGUACAUAUUUUUUCUAUUCCAAUAUUAAUAAUUAGUAUUAUAUUUCGAUAUUAAAAAAAAGACGGAUAUACCUCAUACGAUGGGUGGAUCACUGUUGUAGAUGAGAAGUUGGGACGAUAGGAUAUCUCCUUUCUUCUACAGAGGGUAAUUUAAUAUACAGUGUGUCCCACCGAGUUUGACGGAUAUUUCUAGCGCUGUUCAUAUUAAAUUGUUUUCGAUUUUUUUUUCGAUCGGUUUGUUUCAAGAGGGACAUCGAUUUGGAGAAAAAUUAAAUUUUUAUAUUAAUCCCUUAAAAAUAAAAAAAAAAAAUAACUUUUUAUUUUAUUAUUUUAGACAAUUUUCAAAUAGUUUUCAAUUUUCACAUUCGAUUAUUAGUUUAUCUAUUAAUUCGAUUAAUUGCUUCUUAAUUAUAGCCCUUUUAAUUUCCUGAAAUUUAGCGUGAAAACAAUUAAUAAUCAAUAGAAAGUAUUAGCGUGUCUAUUGUAAUUCCUUAUCGCAUAACGUAUUAUUUUAUUGAAUAUUAAUUGGUUUAACGCCUAAUUAAAACUGCUAUAACUAAGAAAUUAUUCAUCAGAUAUGAAUAUGUGGUAGGUACAUACAAAAUUGUUUAAUGACAUUUUUUAUAAAAUGGCUAUUUUGAAUCAAUUGUCUAAAGUGAAUAAAUAAAAAGUUAUUUUUUUUUUGUCUUUAGGGAAUGAAAAUAAAAAUUAAAUUUUUCUCCAAAUCGAUUUCCCCUUCGAAGACAAACCUAUUAAAAAAAAAAUCGAAAGAAAUACAAUAUUAACAGCCAAAAAUGCAUUUGUUUUUCCCUGUUACCUACCCGAAGUGGUUUUACAAAAAACAGUUUUUCGGAACUCGGGUUUGAACUUGCCAUCUCUGGGAUUAUCAUCCCACAUACACGUACGUACUGCUACUAAACUAUGACAGACAUAUAAUUGGCAAUAUUGAAUUAUUUAACGUAACAUAAAUAAUAUUUUCAUUAUAUCAGUACUUUAAAAAUCUACAAUUUCGAAACUUAUUCAUUCCGUUCAAUUCUGAUUUUACUAUCGUUCUUAAAUUAUAAAUAAAUGUUCAGAAAAAAAUAAAAACGAAAACAAUUGAACAAUUUGCAUAGAUCAAUAACUAGAUUUAUUCCGCAUAAUUUUUUACUCAAACGACUUUCAUCAAAACUUGUUAAAAAUUCCUUUAUAAAAAAAAUAUACUACAUAAAGCUCAAUUUUUUUUUACCCCAAAGUAAGAGUUUUAAUGAACUUCCUAUUAAAUUAUCAAGCAUUUCUAUUUAAUCUAAAAAUUUUACUACACCUUUACCUACUACUUUACCUACCGAAUACAAAUUACUUGAAAAACUCGCAAAAUGAAAUGGUCUAUAAAUAGCUCUAAAAUAAUUAAAUUUUUUUAUAAAUUUGACCACGUCUAAAAAAGGCAAACAUAAGUUUUAUGUCCAAAUUUCAAGUUUUUAAAGUCCAUAUGGAUAUUUUCAACUCAAUUCCAACCAAAAAAAAUUUUAAAUUAAUAAAAGCAUUAGUUUUGUAAAUUUUCCCGUUUUUCUUAUGUUUUAUCCCGUGUUUACCCAGAUAUUGUGAAAACCGCUUUGAAAAUCAAAAAUGAUCUUUAAGUGCCAUAUAGACAAAAUCGCGUUUCAGAAAAGGCGCCACACUUACAUAUCGAAGCAAGAUUUCUGGUAAAAAUGUUUGUCAUAGUAUACAAAACAAAAAAAAUAAACAUCAUUGUAAAACCAAUACAUUCUUCGCUACACUCAGAAUCUAAAACAACGGCGUUUUAUAUGCAUUGUUUGUACGAAAGAUAAUUUACUUGGUAUGAUUAUAUUGGAGAUUAUGCAACAUAAUGUUUAAUAUAACUAUUUCGUUUGACUACACUACUCACACAGUCACACUUAAUAGUUUCGUUCCAAUUGUCUAUGGGCACGUCUAUUCGUCUAGUUAAGUAUGUCUAGAUAAUGAUGUAUAAUUACCAAUAUUAUUGAGGUUUUUUUUUAUUUGCGAUUUUUAUUUUUAUUUUUUAAUUUAUUAUAGUCGGUUAGUUGAUUUAAAACAACAAAUUUGUGGUAUUAUAAAUGUAUACGGUUUGGUUUCUGAAUCAGUUACCCGUCCACCAUAAAAGCUGUACAUAGUAUUAUGCUAUAUACAGUCGCCGUACUGCCGGUCUACAGACAACAUCGCUGUUUGUUACAACACUAAAACAAAAUUAAAUUUUAUUUUUCGAAACGUAUUAGUGAAUUGAUAGUCAUGAUUUAAGUAAUAGUUUUUUAUACUUCAAAUGUUAACUUAAAUAAUCGGACUAAAUAUAUAUGUAUAUUGUGUAAUAAUAAUUUAAUUUUCUUUAGUUCAGUCUGUAUCUAGGAUUAUAACAUUUUUAUAACAGAUACUGCGCCGCCAUAUCAUAACAUUAUUGUAUUUAAAUUAAAGCUAAAAAGUAAAACCAAAUAUUAUGUGAACAUUAUUCACUAUUUGAGACGACUCGAGUAACGGGUAAGUUUUCCCUAUAAAGUUAAACUCAAUAAUAAUAUAUUUUUUUUUUCAUUAAAAAAUAAAAAAUACGUACAUGAUAUUAAUGAUUAUUCUUUUCGUGUAAAUUGUUUUCAAUCAGAUUCAAAGUUCAAUACAUUUGUAUAAUAGCCAUAUAAUAAUUUUCUUUGCUAUUAUUAGAGCAAUACAAAUCAUAAACAAAAUAAAAUUCAUUAAUUUAUAAUGAUAAUAUAAUAUUUAUAUCAUUCACAAUUAUACCUAUUACGUUAUUGAAGGUUGAGUAUUUUGAAACACAUUAAGAAUUCUUACAAUUGAACUUGAAAUUUUUAACCAAGGUUAAUUUACUUCAUUAUAUCUAAUUAUUUUAUACAUGGUAUACAAUUUUCUGAUUUCCGUUGAUAAUUGUACACUCUAUUAAGGUUCAUUAAAAACCAUUAAAUUAUUUUAAGCUUUGGUAUACAUAUUGCAUAGUAAAUAGAUACUUAAUUUUAGUAAUAUUUACUCGUAGUAUUACAAAUACAUACUAAUUUAAAUUAUUUUUUUUUUAUUCACAAGGCGAAUUGUAAAAUUUAUUCAGAUUAUUUGUGAACAUUAUUUCGGAAUAUAAAAUGACAAUGAAAUUCAUUUUGAUAUUGGCACUAACAGCAUUAUUUUUUGCGCCUAUAAAGUCGUCAAAUAUACUAGUUUUUGUACCAUCACCUUGGAAGAGUCACCUUGUGUCUUUUCAGCCGUUAUUUUUAGAAUUAGCUCACCGAGGUCAUAAUGUAACUGUAGUGACAAAGUUUGCUGUAGACAAUCCACCAGCAAAUUAUCGACAAGUGAUUGUCGAAUAUGAAAUGAACUUAACUGCAAGUAAAUUAAAACUAUUUUUAUUAAAACUAUUACAAAAUUCAUAAAAAAAUAAAAAUAUUCUAUAUUCGAUAUUAUGUAUAAUUGUAUAGCUUUUGUAUACAGGUUUACAGAAUAUUCAUACAUAGUAGCAUUCAUCAUUCAAUUUCUCGGCCGUUUGAUCUUGAUUUUAAAUUCGAAUUUCUGUAGGUGAUAGAGAUCUAUAUUCUAACUAUUAGACGCAGAUAUUUCAUCAACAGUACACGAACAAAUAUUAUCAAUAUAAAAUAGAAGAUAUCUAUAUCAGUUAGUGUCAAAAUACAGUUUUGUAACUCUGAGCGAAGUUUGGUUAAACUAGUGGCAUAUUCUCUGUUGCUAUCCAUACCUGCUGCCCCUCCCAAAAUUUCAGGAAAUUUUAAAUUGAUAUUUAUUUUAUUAAUUAUUAUAAUAAUAAUUAAUAUUUAAUUUAUUAUUUAAGAGAACAACUAGUUUGUUAAAUAGCAUCUGUAAUUUUAACUUUUUAUUUUCCGUGUCUGCGUAUUAUGCAAAUUGUUAAGUUAUACUUAUCAUUUAUCAGAAUACUCGCAAAGUAAAACUAUUGAUCUAGUGAACGCCAUUAAUAGAGUGAAUCAGGUAACAAUUAAACUUCAUGUUUUAAGAGAAAAUGUAACCGUCGAGUUUAAUGAGAUUUAUAAAGAAGUUAAUCGCUUAGAAGGUUUAUUAAAUGUGAAAGAAAAUAUGCCACGAAUAUGUAUUACUCAAAGAAACCGCCAAUAUGUUCCUUCUCAAAAUACUCAAUAAUUUAAUAAGAGAACAGUUUUUAUACUUCACUUGGAUGAUAUACAUUCAUCAUUGAAUGAGCGCUUUUUAUCACAUAAAGAAAUAAUGAAUUCUCUACAAUAAGUUUUGCCAAAUAUGAUUAGAGAUGAACCAUAUUCAAAGUUUAAAACUUCAAGAGCAGUUACAUUUUACCAGGAUGGUUUAAAAGGGUGUUAUAGAAGUGAAAUAUGGCAGUCAAAAUGGAACUUGGUUGAAUCUAAAUCUUGGCUAUUGACUGCUAAGCUGUAUCGAAGCCGUAAUAAAUAUAUUCGAAUUUUAAAUAGUUACAUUUUAUUUUUCGUCAUGUUACCGUAAGUGGUACGCGAAAAAAUAAAGUUUGAGAACCUCUGUCAUAGAUUACGUACGUUAUAAGAUGAUUACAAGCGUAGGCGCUGCAAUAGCGUGCGUGUGGGUACGUUUAAAACGAACGGCUACACAUUUCGUCCAUACGGUUUAAUAUUAUUAUAAUAUUACUAUAAUUAGGUAAUUUAUUUUUAAAACUAACUGCGUGUACGCUCGUUGUCGGCCGCUAUUGUUGAUUAUUAUUUCUAAACAUAUUAAUAUAUUUAAAACAACAUCAUGGUACCAUCUAUUACAUUAAGUAUUAAUUAAUAUACAGUUUGACGAAUAAAAUAUUAAGCUUAAAAGUAAAAUAAUACGUGUAUUACGUAUAUAUUGUUUAAUAUUGUUAUAUUACAUACACCUUCACCACCAAAACCCACUGCUGAGAGAAGUUUUUAAACAUUAAGAAGGUUGAAAAAUUAUCUUCGAAAUACAACUUCGGAGUCACGGCUUGUAGGAUUUGGUACUAGAUAAGUUUUCAAACAGUGGAAAAACUAGAUGACUAAAAUUAACAUUAUGAUUAAAAUAAUAAUUAUUUUAAAAUUUUAAAUAUAGGUCUUUUUAAUCACUUAUUUUGCAGUUAUUAUGCUUUUUUUGUAAAGUAAUAUGUAACUGGUCAGUCUCUCCCAAACAAAAUUCCUGGAUACACCACUGGGUUAAACAUAUUUUGCAAUGCCGUAAUUUUUACAAUUUUCGUCAAAAUUUUAAAUUUAAACGCUUAUAAAAAAAACCCAUUCGUGUAAUCCCAUUUCAUCAAUCGUAACCAUGUCACUGAUAAAGCGAAAAUAAAAACAUACAUCUUCAAAUCUACAAAUUGAUUCAUACACACAGUCAUACUGUGUAUUAUUACUGUCAUAGUUUGCAGUCAGGGGCCGAACGCAGGGGGGAUUUGAGAGUUUAAGCCCCUCCCCCCGAAAUACCAGGAACAAAAAAUAAAUAAUCUGACCAAUUUUUUGAACGAACGUUGAUUGAGCGUAGUCAAAAUUUGAUCGGUUCUUGCAUGCGCAUAUACAUUUUCAUUCUCUCUACUAGUAUAAAUAUGUUGUAUUCUUUAUGGCUAGAAUAGAGUUUAUAGAGCCUAGAAUUACAUAUAGAUCUGACACUUGAAAUACUUAUUGUUUUAUUCAAUAUUUUUAAGUUUUUUUUUCUUACUAUGAUUUCUGCAGUCUUACCGUAAUAUUUAAGAUUUUUUUCAAUAUUAGAAAUUGAAAUUCUACUAUACUUUAUUAUUAUUUACUAUAUUACUUUUUUAUUUACUACUAUAUAUAUUUUAAAACAAUUCUACUAUACUUUAAAUUUUUUUUUUUUGCCAUUAAGUUCGACUUAUAAUGAACCUCCGGUUAAAUUGUGAAGCAUUUCUGUUUGGUUUAACAAUUUUAUCCACAGAUUACCACAGAAAUAAAAAUUACGCAAAAACUCACAAACUUAAAAUGUCUAAAAAUAGCUUAAAAAUGAUUUAAAUGUUUUGUACAUUUUACCACGUCUGGAAAAGGUAAAUAAAAGUUUUCUGACAACAAUUCAAGACUCUAUGAAUAUUUUUUAUUAGAUUACAACAAAACAACAGAAUUGAAAACAAUAAACCAUUACUUUCGUAAUUUGCCUGGUUCUUUCUACAUUUUUUUUUUCAGUUUUACUCAAUUAUUAAAAAAAAAAAAAAUACACAGAAUACCAUAAAAAAACUUUCAUACUCACCAACUAGAUUAAAAAGCCACCAACAAUGAUAUUUUAUUGAAACAAUAAUUUUGGUAGAAAACAUAAAGUGUACAAAUUUAAAAUAAUAAAAUCAUAAUUUCCAUAAAUUUAUCAGUUUUCAGUUUACGUUUUUUCUCACGUUUUCCUAAUUAUUAUGAAAACUAUUUGAAAAUUUGAAAAACUAUUUUUUGACUCACCAACCAGAUAAAAAUAUAAAACAACAAUGAUUUUAUAUUAGAGCAAUUUUUCUGGUAGAAAAAAAAGUAGUAAAAAGUUAAAAUAAAGAAAUCGUGACGCUUUGCCGUUAACUUAUCAGUUUUAUCAUUGGUUUUUUUUUAUCUGUGAACAAAUUUUUGAAGUCUACUUUUGAAAUUCAAGUCACAACCUAUGUUCAAAAUUCCAUAGAUAAAUAGAGGAUUUGUCCUAAUGCAUUUUGGUAUUGACAUUUUUGACUACCGUCAACCAGUUGACGAGAUAUUUCACUUUUUAGUUUAGGCAAGGAAAAAGUACUGGAAAAUUAUGCGUUAGUGUGGUGGCCAGCAUUGCGCUUAGUGUUUAAAUAGUGUAUCUAAUAUUCUUUAUACUUCAGUAAAUUUACAUUUAAUAAUGGGCAACGUCAGUGUAUUCGAUUAUGAUUAUAAAUUAAUUACUGCUGUUUUAUUUUUAUUUAGUCGAACCAUUUAUUUUUAAAGAAACUAAUAUCUAUGAAGAAUUCUUCAAGGAGUUAUACAUUCGAAACAUAAUCUCACAAGAUUUGACUCAACAAUAUAUAUCAUCUUCCAAUGUACAAUCGUUCAUUAAGGAAGAUCAAUCAACCUUCGAUUUGGUUAUUGUGGAAUCAUUUUUUCAGGAAUGUACCAUUGCUAUGGGCCAUAAAUACAGUGCCCCAGUAAUUAGUAUCAUUCCUUUAGCACCUUGGGCUAUUCAAUCGGUUUUAGCUGCUAACCCUUUUGAUUUUUCCUACAUUAAAGAUUUUAAAAUCGACAGCGGUAAAUCACUCAAUUUCCAAAAUCGAUUAUUUAAUACAUUAUUUGGUUUAUACGCUUUAUUUGUCGCACCAAUAAUUUAUAAUCCAAAAAUGGAAAAUAUGAUGAACACAUAUUUCAAAUAUCCUGGAUACAAAACAAGACCUACGAUGACGGAAAUGCUGAAAAACGUAUCACUUAGUUUAAUCGACUCCGAUGUUAUGAUUCUCAGUUCGCGACCUUAUGUACCGAGUUUCAUCGAAGUUCCUGGUAUCCAUUUCAGACCAGUUAAAAAUAUGGAUAAGGUAUAGUAUAAUCGUUUUGUUAUUUUAAUCGAAUAAUAGAUAAGGCAACGUUAAAAUAUGUACCAACCCAUAUUUUGGGAUUUAUUAUUAGUAAUAAUAUAUACAUUAUUAUAAUUCAUAAUAAUAAUUAUUAUUGAUAUAGAAACUACAAGAUUUUAUGGAUACGGCUACUAAAGGUGUUGUGUUUUUAAAUUUUGGAACUUUAAUCAAUAUGGAUAAAGUUCCAAAACCUACUUUGGAUAUCUUCAAAAAAGUUUUGGGUCGUUUGGAACAGAAGGUUAUUUUCAAAUGGACUAAUAAUGAUACACAGGGUUUUCCAGAUAAUUUCUAUGUUGAUUCUUGGUUACCGCAAGUGGACAUUUUAAGUAAUAAUCAAUAAUAAUAUGUUUUGCCCAUUGAAUCAUAGAUUUCAGAUUUAAUAUAUUUUAGAGCAUCCGAACUGUAAAUUGUUUAUUACUCAUGGAGGAAUUCAUGGUUUAAUGGAAACAAUUGACGCCGGAGUUCCAUUUAUCGGAUUUCCAGUUUUCGGGGACCAACAUCAAAAUUUAAGAAUAAGUCAGGAAAAUGGAUUUGGCAUUAUGAGUAAUAUUAUGACUCUGACUGAAAAUACUUUUGAAAGAGAUGUAGGCCUUGUUUUGAAUGAACCAUCGUAAGUAACUUAAAACUAAUUUUAAAAUAAUAAACCGACAUUUAAAAUUAUUUUAAAAUAAAAAUAAUACUUAAAUUUUGUUAAUGUAAUCAAAUCUGGAUUUAUAUUUAUUUAUUUAUUAUUUAUUAAAAUUGUAUAACUUUUUCGAAAUUUAAAAAUUGAUAAUGGUGUAUUAUAUUAUAAAAGUAUUAAAUUCCAGAAACCAUUUCUACCAAAAUAUUUCUGUUUUCUCUAAAUAAAAACAAAUCUAAAUCAUUGUAAAACAAAGACAUUUCUGGCUAAUCUUAGUAUUUAAAAAAAACAACAGUAAUUAAACCGAUUUUGAUCCUGGGAAACACGAUUUUUUUAAAUAAUACGUUAAAUAUUUUUACCAUCCUUUUAAUAGUAUGAUAAAAUAAUAUGUAGUAUUAUAAUUUAUGAUUGCUUGAUAUUAUUUCAGAUUUAAAGAAAAUGCUAUGAGAAUGUCUUUAAUAUUUAAUGAUCGACCUUUGACAUCUAUAGACAAGGCGGUAUAUUGGGUGGAAUACGUUAUUAGGCAUAAAGGAGCUCAUCAUUUACGUUCACCAGCAGUAGAAUUAGUAUGGUACCAAUACUAUUCAUUAGACAUAUUUGCAUUUAUUAUUUCAAUUAUAUUAUUUUUAAUUUUUAUUUUCUAUCGUAUUACUAAGUUAGUUAUUAAAUCGAUAUUUAAUUUAUUAUUCAAAACAACUAAAUUAAAACUUUCGUAA